GUUAUCCUCCCAAACUGGCACUAUUUAUUUUAUUACACUGAAUGUCUUAAUAUCAGAGAAAAUUUUACUGCUUUUAUAUAGAAAUUGAAUUCUACAGCGAACCGUACGAAAUAUUUUUCCAUUCUGUUUCUUCCACAUCUCCGAUAUGCUUCGUUAGAGCGAAGUGUACCCCAAGUCAGAGGGUCACGGACGAGAAUCACACGAUGUGGGUGGCUAUUUCAAAUGAAUCUGGAUGUCUUAAGUCAGGCUUGCAAUCACGUAGCAGCCCUUUUGUUUCGAGGGUAGUCAGCAAAUAAACUAGGUCUUACAUCGUACACAUCAUUACCAUGCCAGGAAGGUCCCAGCAGCAACUAAGAUGGUGCCAACAAAGAUAAAAGAUUUGACCAUUCGAAAGUAGUGCCAUGGGCAAGAAAAAACAAGACCAUUAGUUUCCAAUCUGAAAAUCCAGUUUAAACCGCUUGAGUCCUUGAACAUUGACAGGAAUACAUUUAUUGAUGAGCUGAAAAAAGCAGUUCCAAAUGCUUGAAUGUUGAAGGUACAGAUAUGCCUGAAGUAUUGCCUCUUGAAAAUUCUCAAGAACUUGGACAACAAGCAUGUGAAGUGGAAGCCUACCGGUACUGCCUCAACAACAUCGCCUCAGGUCAUCAGACAGUUGAGGACUUUAUUGACCAUCAAUUGCUGACAGAAAAUGAAGUCAGCCUCAUUGAGGAAAAGACUGUAGGACAAAGUAGUAACUCUUUAUGGCACGAUCUGAGAAAAGACAGGAUUACUGCUUCAAAUUUUUAUGCCGCUCAUACUCGCAUGAAUUCACUGAAGAAAAAUCCUGAAUUAGAUAUGAGUUCGAUUGUGUCGGUGAAAAUGAGUGAAUCAACUCCUAAUUCUAACAUCAAAACAUUGAAGUUUGGAAGAGAAUCUGAGCCACUUGCAAAGACUAUCUACUGUAAUAUAUAUAAAGAUAAUCAUGUCAAUGCAAAAUUAAGGGAAUGUGGAAUCUUUUUACAUCAUGAGUUUUCUUAUUUAGCUGCUGGUCCUGAUAUGUUGGUGUCAUGUGACUGUUGUGGUGAAAAAUCAACAUUGAAACCAAAAUGUGAUUCAUGCCCUUCAUUUUGUUUAUGUAAUUUAUCAGAUUAUCUUUUAUCUACUGAUGGUGAAAUGGACAUUAAGAAAAAUCACCACAAUUUUUGUCAAGUUCAAGGGCAGAUGAUCAUUACAAAGCGCAGGUGGUGUGAUUUUUUUGUGUAUUCCUGUAAUGGUAAUUUUCUGAAAAGAAUCAAUUUUGAGGAAAAAUACUUUGCAGAUGUUCAAGUUAAUUUGAUUGAUUUCUUUAAAACAAUCAUUGCACCAAAAGUUUGUGAAAAACUAAAUAUACCUAUUAUUUCAUGCCAAGUAAAAAUGUUGAAUGAAUGUGAACCAAAACCAAUGGAGAUUGUAAGUAAUGGAGGUGUUUAUUUCUGUUUGAUUUAUAAAAGCCAGAUUAUGUAA